AAAUUUUAUUGUAAACAAACGCCCCCAUGUUUCUCUUAAAGCCGUAAUCGGAGAGCCGGUCUGAAUUCGUACCGUUUCCCUCCGCUCACUCUUUCUCACCGCUCCCCAAUCCCUUCGUCUCUGACCCAUGCAGUGAAGAAUACAUAGGGACAAAUCUGUAGAUGCAGAAGGGGGAUUUCUGAUAAUGAUCUCGAUAACAUCGGCAGAGCUGAAUUAUCUCAUUUUCCGCUAUCUUAAUGAAUCCGGAUUCACGCACUCUGCAUUUGCUUUAGGAUAUGAGGCAGGGAUUAAUAAGAGUACCAUCGACGGCAACCUUGUUCCUCCUGGAGCACUUGUUACAUUUAUUCAGAAAGGAAUUCAGUAUCUUGAACUAGAAGCAAACCUGAGUAGUGAUAAUUUGGACACGGAUGAAGAUUUCCAGUUUCUGCAUCCCCUUGAUCUUAUAACAAAAGAUUUUGAUGAACUUAGGAAGAUAAUAAAAGAGAAGAAAGAAAAUAUUCAGCGUGAUAAAUCUAAGGGAAAGGAGAAAGAAAAUAUUGAAAAUGGGCUGGGGCAUGGCAAGGGAUCUUUGGUGGAAAAGGACAAGGAACUUGGAAAAGGUAAGGAUAAUGAAAGACAACAGAGGGAUAGAGAAAAAGAACGAGAUAGAGAUAGAAUGGAGAAAGAAAAAGAGAGAGAAAAAGCCAAAGAAAAGGAAAAGCUCUGUGAGGAUGCUGGUGGUGUAAAUCAUACUGGGGAUGACAUGAACAGCAGACUUGACGAGAAUGGAACUGGUGAAGGUAUGAUAUAUUUCAGCUUUAUGGGUGCAUCUACACUCCUUUACUUUGAAGAAGUAAUGAAGAACCUGCUGACUGAAACUUUGAUUCAUGGGUGUCUUAAUGUGCAUGGGCCCGAACCAAUGGAUAUCUCCAGUGGUUUAGUUUCCUUGCCUUGUGAAAUCCCAAACAGUGAUGUAACUGUUUUGCAAGGCCACACUUCUGAGGUCUUUGCUUGUGCAUGGAACCCUACUGGUUCUCUUCUUGCUUCUGGCUCUAAUCUGGAAAAUGGACCUUCGUCUGUUGUGCUUAAACAUUGCAAGGGUAGAAUAAAUGAGAAAAGCAAAGAUGUGACGACACUUGAUUGGAAUGUUGAUGGAACAUUGCUUGCUACUGGUUCUUAUGAUGGUCAAGCACGGAUAUGGAGUAGAGAUGGUGAGCUGAUUAGUACAUUAAAUAAACAUAAAGGGCCAAUAUUCUCUUUAAAGUGGAACAAGAAAGGGGAUUUCCUUCUUAGUGGAAGUGUGGAUAAAACGGCCAUCGUAUGGGAUGUUAAGACAGGAGAUUGGAGACAACAAUUUGAAUUUCAUUCAGCUCCUGCCCUUGAUGUCGAUUGGCGAAACAAUGUCUCAUUUGCUACAUGCUCUACUGACAGCAUGAUAUAUGUUUGUAAAGUUGGGGAGAAUCGACCAAUUAAAAGUUUUGCCGGGCAUCAGGGUGAAGUUAAUGCUAUCAAGUGGGACCCCACCGGCGCCCUUCUUGCCUCGUGUUCUGAUGAUUCUACGGCAAAGAUAUGGAGUACGAAACAGGACACCUGCUUGCUUGACUUGAGGGAACAUACCAAAGAAAUAUAUACCGUGAGAUGGAGUCCAACAGGGCCUGGGACCAAUAACCCUAAUAAGCAGUUGGUGCUGGCUAGUGCCUCAUUUGAUUCAACCAUAAAAUUGUGGGAUGUGGAUGCCGGACGUCAACUGCAUAGUUUAAAUGGACACAGGGACCCAGUUUAUUCUGUUGCGUUUAGCCCGAAUGGCGAGUACCUGGCAAGUGGGUCACUGGAUAAAUGCCUGCACGUGUGGUCCGUGAAGGAAGCAAGGAUAGUGAGGACAUUCAGUGGCAAUGGCGGGAUCUUUGAGGUUUGUUGGAACAAAGAGGGCAAUAAAAUUGCUGCUUGUUUUGCAAACAAUGUCGUCUGCUUAUUGGAUCUCCAUAUGUAGACGUAAAAGGAAGAUUUGUUUGUGCAUUAAUGUCUGUCAUCAUGACUGUUUGUUCUAGGAACAGGCAAUAUAUUUGGGUGAUGCUCACUUAGUUUAGGUGGUUGAUUACUAGCUCAGUCCGGUGUGAAGUUUGCCUGUACUAUAUACACCCUCGCAAACAAGAAUCAGCAGCUAAUAUUACAAUGUGGUGUUUCGUUCUGUGCUUUUCUUUUAUAUUGAGAGGCUUAGUUAGUGCUGUAAUCGAACUGAAUGAGUCGAGCUUGAGCAUUUCGAGCUCGUGUUCAUUUAUGUUCGAACACAUUGUUUGUGUUUGUUCGUUUAUUUUUCGAGCAAAAA